AUUCAAAGCAUUAAUUUGUUCAGAAAAAAAUAAGCAUUUCUUUUUCAUUUAUUUUUCGGUUAUAACAAAGUCACCUAUAAACUCCCUUAAAUAGAGCACAUGCAGGUUCAAUUUCAAAGGAGAGAGACACGGAAGACACGAGAGAGAGAGAGAGAGAGAGAGAGAGAGAUGAAGAGAGAGAGCCAUCCUUUGUUGAGGGGAGGGAGAAGAGGAGAGGGUAAAUACAGUCAUGGGUGGACGGCGACUGAGAUGCAAUCACUGGCUAGCAUUUGUGAGGCUUUACUACCUCCUUUGACAUUGAAUUCUUUGGAGGGGAAGAAUGACCAACCUACCGAGGCUGUGCAGUCCUUCUACAAAGCUUCUGGGUCUCAAUUUCCAUUUCCUGAUGAGGCUGCAGAGCUUAUCGGGAAAAGGGCAGUAAAAGAAGCUGUGAUAUUAGUUAGAGUGAUUUUAGGGGCGCUGGGUACUAGGUUGGGUACUUUAUUGCUUUGUGGACCUCUUUGUCUUAGCAAUAAAUGGCCCUUCGUCUUCAACUUUUCUAGCUUAUCCUUGGAGAAUAGAGAGAAAAUUUUGCAGUGGUGGUUUAGGCAUAGAUUUUUGACACCGAUCAGAGCUGCAGUUCUUUACAUCAAAGCCUUGUCCCUCUACAAUUUCUUCACUCGGGUGAAUGAAAAUGAUGAAAACCCAGCAUGGGAAGCCAUUGGAUAUCAUGUUGACACUGAUAAGGAGCCAUUUGAAGUCCCUCAAAAAAGGCCCCUUGACAAAGGAAUGGUAGAAACUAUGCGAGAAACUGACUCAACCCUUGUGCAAUCUCUUGCCCAGAGAGGUAUCAGAGCUGAAUUAGACCCCAAGCAGAACCUCUUCAAAAUCGAAUGUGAUGUUGUAGUUGUUGGUUCUGGAUGUGGAGGAGGAGUUGCAGCUGCUGUGCUUGCAUGUUCAGGACACAAGGUCAUUGUUCUUGAGAAAGGGAACUAUUUCACUGCUUCUGAUUAUUCUUCUCUAGAAGGCCCCUCCUCGGAGCAACUAUAUGAAGCAGGGGGACUCCUUGCAUCUACUGAUGGGGGAGUCUUUGUUAAGGCAGGUUCAACGGUAGGUGGGGGGUCUGCUGUUAACUGGUCAGCAUGCAUCAAAACACCUAAUACAGUGCUUCGGGAAUGGGCCGAGGACUGCAAAAUCCCAUUUUUUGGGAGCCCUGAAUAUCUCUCUGCUAUGGAUAUUGUGUGUGAGAGAAUUGGUGUAACUGAGACUUGUGUGGAGGAGGGGUUCCAAAAUCAAGUACUUCGAAUAGGGUGUGAGAAUUUAGGCCUUAGAGUUGACUAUGUGCCACGAAAUUCCUCGGAGAAUCAUUAUUGUGGGUCUUGUGGCUAUGGCUGUAGAGAAGGAGAGAAGAAAGGGAGUGAUGCUACAUGGCUCGUGGAUGCUGUGGAUCAUGGUGCAGUGAUCUUAACAGGAUGUAAAGCUGAGAGAUUCAAAUUGGAAGAGAACAAGAGUGGAAGCAAAAGAACAAAGAGAUGCCUGGGAGUGAUAGCAAAGACUUUGAGUAACAACAUCACAAAGAGCGUAGAGAUUAAGGCCAAAGUAACAAUCUCGGCAUGUGGGGCUCUUUUAACACCCCCAAUAAUGAUCUCAAGUGGAUUGAAGAACCAAAACAUUGGUUGCUACCUUCAUCUCCACCCUGUUGCUAUGGCCUGGGGAUACUUUCCAGAAUCAAAUACAGACCUCAAGGGGAAAAGCUAUGAGGGUGGAAUAAUCACAUCGGUCCAUAAUGUGGUCGGGGGAGACUCAAAGGUGAGAGCCAUCAUAGAAACUCCAUCACUAGGGCCGGGAUCAUUUUCUGGAUUAUGUCCUUGGGAAUCUGGACUAGACUUCAAGAGAAGAAUGGUUAAUUAUGCAAGAACUUCUAAUUUGAUUGCAAUAGUUAGGGACUCAGGAUCUGGAGAAGUUAAGGUAGAGGGAAGGAUAAGCUACAAGUUAGAUACAUCAGACAGAGAAAACCUCAGGGUUGGGUUAAGGCAGGCAUUAAGAAUUUUGGUAGCAGCCGGUGCUGUUGAGGUGGGCACCCAGCGUAGUGAUGGGCAGAGAUUAAAAUGCAAAGGAGUUAGUGAAAAGGAAGUGGAGGAGUUUUUGGAGAUGGUUUCUGUAGUGGAAGGGCCAUUGUCGUUGGUAGAGAAUUGGACAACACUCACCUCUGCCCAUCAGAUGGGUAGCUGUAGGAUGGGGGCUGAUGACAAAGAAGGUGCGGUUGAUUCUAAUGGGGAAAGUUGGGAAGCAGAGGGCCUAUUCGUUUGUGAUGCUAGUGUUCUGCCAAGUGCUGUUGGUGUCAAUCCCAUGAUCACCAUUCAAUCCACUGCUUACUGCAUUUCAAAGAGAAUAGCUGAGUCCUUUGAAAGGGUAACAUUCUCUAAAGCUUCCUGAUUCCCCUUAUCCUUCUUUAACAAUGCAAACAUCUACAUGUGCACACAUACGUACACAAUAAUACAUACACCCACAUUGGAAAUGUUGUUUUAGAUUGAAUCAUCUGUUAAAUAAGGAUAGGUUAUAAACAUUAGAUUCAGUAUGCAAUAAGUAUGUAACUUCCUAUGUCUGUCAAUGAUUAGAUGCAUAUAUUGUAUUGUUUUCUCAAUUUUAAGUCA